UCAUUUUUGCUUUCAAAAUCCAAAAGGAGGAUCCAAAUCACAUUUCUGACUCUUUUCUUGUUCAAUAUUCCUUCAAUCUUCAUCAAAAUCUUUGCGAUUUCUUUGUCAUUGAUUCAUUUCAAAAAAAAAAAUGAAUCUCGGUUGCUUAGAGGAUUGCAUCUCUGUGUCAUAUAAGCAAAGCUCGGAGCCGGUUGUUGAUCAUCAGAAUAAAGAAGGGGAUGCUACCGAUGAGUCUGUGGCGUCAUCUUCUUCCAGAAUUGGGAAGAAUAAAUCACCAAAAGAAACCAGCCCGUCAGCAUGGAAUGCUCUUAACAAAUUUACAUCUCAAAUUAAGAAGCCUCCACACCGCAAAAAUUCUCCUCUGAACUGGUUUCCCCGCAAAAAAAUUGAUUCUUACUUGAAAAGGAAAAUAAAGAUGCUGCAGGAAGUAGAUGGCAUGAAUUCAACUCUUGACGAGACGCUAGGUGACUCAAAUCCUCAUUACUGCAGGGUUUUGAGAGAAAAAAUGGCAGCGAGAGAGGCUGCUCACAAGGCAAUGGAGGCGCGUAAAGCAGCACUGGUUGAAGCAUCUUGGUGUAGAAUACUCCAAGCAGCCAGAAUUCAAAGCAAAGAAGCAGGAGAACUGCUGUUGAAAGCUGAGAAAACUGCAGCAGAGGCUUUUGAAUCAGCAACUGCCUCGGGAGUGAUAAUGUAUGAUAUUCCUGACUGUCCUCGGAGUACUUGUCAGAUCGAAACAUCUUUGGUACAUAGAGCAGGUUCUACUACUCAUACUGUUAGGGCAUCUUUUGAAACGGCAUUUGAGGUAGAUAAACAAGUGGCUGCAGCUGUAAAGACUGCAUUCGUGAGGCUUGCAUGUUGUUCCUCUUUUGAUAGAGAUGAAUUUAAAGACCUUCUAAGGAAAAUCAAUGAGAAUCCGGAUACCACUGAUAGCAAUCUAGAGUCAAUGGAGUUCUCUUCAGAAUGUGAAUCAGAGCCAGGGUCAGAACUUGAGACAGUGACUCAAAAAGAUGGUUUUAAGUCUCAAGAGUUCAAUUGCAAGAUGUCAGCUGUGGAGACUAGACAGAAGAAAUUCAAGAGGAGGCAGUCUCUUGAAAAGUUUAACACGGAAAAGCUAGUGGAAAUGAUGCUUGAGAGGCUUAAAUGUUUACAAGAGGAUGAACUUUCAUCACUUGCCACUAUAGUUGCAACCUGUGGCUUAAAUGCUGCUUUAGCAGAAGUAGAAAACACUAAGCUACAGAAUCCAUGCUCCAUUGCUGAUCAUCCCUCUGCUUCAGCUCUUAGUUUUGCUAGAAGAACGUCUUCAAUUGGAGCUGGAACAGUGAGAAAGACUAGCCAAACUGGACAAAUUGACUCGGAACUCCCUAGUCUGGACAAGUUUUUGGUUAAGCACAUGACCAAGCUUGAACGAGAGGUCAUAGAAGCCAGGAGCAGAAGGAACGAGUCUAAAGAUAGAGGUGGGAAAUAUCCUGGUAAACCUGAUGAUUCAGGUAUAAUUUCUUCUGAGACUGUUCCACACAUGGAGAAUAUUCCUGUGAAGCAGUCUUCAAAUUUUGAGGAAGAGAUUCAAGAGAAUGAAAAGCAUUUAAAAGAGGAUGAUGGAGUGGACCAUAAAAGCUCAGAUGGAGAUACUUCUGUUGAUGCCAUCCCUGACUUGGGAAGUAUAUUGGUUAAGCACUCAUCGAAACUUGAAAAGGAAAUUGAAGAGGCAAAAAGGAAUUGUGGUAACACAUAUGAUCAGCUCAAUGGCAAAAAAAGGGGAGGGAUGUCAAAUGGGUUGCGUAGUCAUAAGAAAGGUGAUAUUCAGGAAGCACCCAGCCUGGAUAAGUUUCUGGUGAAACACGUCUCAAGACUAGAAAGAGAAGUUGAGGAAGCAAAGAACAGAAGGAAAAAUGAUAUGGUUGAGAUAGGGAAGGUGGCUAAUUUGGAGAAGGAAGUUAUAUUCGAGAAGAAUGCUACCUGCACUAAUGGAGAAGUACUUGGAAAAGAAAAUAUCAACUCAAAUAAGGAAGUUGACAGAAUUCCAAGCGAAGAUAGCCUGGAAAAAAUCCUGGUGAAGCCAGUGCAUAGGUUGGAGAGGGAAAAAUUGCAAGCCUUGUCAUCAGGAAGCAAUUAUGGAGACCCUAGGAACCACAAAAAACGAGGAACCAAUGUCACAGAUUGUGAGAGCUUGGACAAAGUUUUAGUCAGGCAUGUAUCUAGACUAGAGAAAGAGAAAAUGAGGUUCAAUGCAAAUGAAGAAGAGGUGAAGGUAAAGAGGGGCGGUGUAAAUGUGCCAGCGACAGAUGAAAAUGGUAGUCUGGACCAAAUUUUGGUUAAACACAAAUCAAGACUAGAGAAAGAGAAGAUGGCCGCCGCUGAGCAACCAAGAGACCAGAUUAGAUUCUCUGUAUCUCGUAGAGAAGCAAGGGAGAGAGAGUUGCAAGAAGCUUGGGGAGGAUUAAGCUUAGGAAACUCCAUCCGCCCGCAUUUCUCCAGACUUGAACGAGACAAGGCUGCUUGGAAAAAAGCUGAAGAGGAGGAAAGGAUGCAAGCCAUGAAGGAGGUGUUGUAGGUUGCAACUUCGCAUUUUGUACAAAAUGUUGUAAUAUAUACUUCUUUUUUAGAUUCAUUGAAUUUCCUACCUCUGUAUGUAACAGUUACUCUCCCAGGGGAGGGGAGUUUCCUUGGGCCUCCGCCCCCUCUAUUUGCACAAAUAUGUCAAAUCCUGUCUUUCCACCCUGGAAA